AUGCUGGAACAAUUCAUGACUGGACUUCCUUCUUCGAGAACCAUCGCGACUCGACCCUCCGCUGUAACAGGGAUCGACUACUGGGGACCAAUUCUGCUUAAGCCCACUCACCGCCGUGCUGCACCAGGAAAGGCCUACGUUGGUGUUUUUGUAUGCUUUUCCACGAAAGCCGUCCAUUUGGAACUAGUUGCUGAUCUCAGCACUCCGAAAUUUAUUCAAGCACUCCGUCGGUUCGUCUCUCGUCGUGGACUUUGUUCCGAUCUGCACAGCGACAACGGUCGCAAUUUUGUUGGAGCGAACAACGAAUUACGGGAUCUAGUCAGCAGUAAAACCCAUCACGAUGCAAUCGCAGCCGAAUGCAACCAACAUGGGAUUCGCUGGCACUUCAACCCACCGAGAGCAUCUCAUUUCGGUGGCCUUUGGGAGGCUGCGAUCAAAUCAGCUCAAAAACACUUUGUCCGUGUCCUCGGAACGCGUACCCUUGCCUACGACGAUAUGACCACGCUACUGUGCCAAAUAGAAUCCUGCCUGAAUUCCCGACCGAUUGCACCACUGAGUGACGAUCCUACCGACUUCGAACCGCUAACUCCAGGUCACUUUUUGACGGGAUCCUGCCUCAAGUGUUCCAGAUUCCGACCUCUCCAAAAUUUCAUCAAACCGACUCCGCCAAUGGCACCUUGUUCAAAAACUGUUCCAGAAUUUGUGGAAAAGAUGGCACUUGGAAUAUCUUUCUACAUUGCAGCCACGUACCAAAUGGUGCAAUCCACCCAUUCAACUACAGACCGGCCAACUGGUGAUCCUUCGCAACAACAACAUCGCACCGAUCCAAUGGCCAAUGGCACGAAUCUUUCAAGUUCAUCCUGGCCCAGACGGCAUCGUUCGAGUUGUGACGGUCCAAACACAAAAUAA